UAUUCAUAAAUUUGUUUAACUCACCACAUUAAAACCCUUUGAAGGUUUCCUCAGCUCUGCAAUGGAAAAGUCCACCGUCUUGUUCUUCUUCUUCCUCGCACUCUGUUUCGGCCUUCGAGCUUUGUCGGCCAUGGCGGAUGACGAGGCAGUUAAAGUGAAGGUGGGAGUUGUUCUUGACUCCAAUUCUUUGAUUGGGAAAAUGGGGUUGAGUUUUAUGGAUAUGGCUCUCUCGGAUUUCUAUGAAUUUCAUAAAAAUUACAACACCCGCUUGACUCUGUUUCCGAAAAACUCCAUGGGAGACGACCUUGAAGCUACUGCUGCAGCUUUAGAGUUAAUCAACAAGGAAGAAGUGGAAGCCAUUGUUGGGCCACAGAGUUCAUCUCAAGCAGCUUUCAUGGCGGAUCUCGGGAAGAAAUCUCACGUACCCAUAAUUUCAUUCUCCGCGACAACGACAAUGCAAUCUCUGAGUCCUCGUCGGAAUCCUUAUUUUUUCCGAGCGACCCAAAUCGAUUCAUCGCAAGUAAAACCCAUCGCCUCCAUUUUUAAAGAGUUCAAUUGGCGACAGGCGGUGAUCAUUCACUCCGAUGAUCAAUACGGCGAGGGGAUUCUUCCCUCCAUGAGAGACGCUCUUCGAGAAAUCAACACACACGUCGCCGACGAGACAGCGAUUCCUCAAUCGGCGUCUGAUGACAGAAUCGCCAAACAGCUUUACCGAUUAAUGACGAUGCAAACGAGAGUUUUCGUUGUUCAUAUGUCGCCGGAGCUUGGUUCCCGCGUUUUCGCCAUGGCUAAGGAGAUUGGGAUGAUGGGUUCUGGUUAUAUUUGGAUUAUAACUGAUGGGAUGAGUAAUUUCCUCUCUGAGAUUGAUGAUUCCGCCAUGGAAGCCAUGAGUGGAGCUUUGGCUGUAAGAACAUACAUUCCCAUAACAGAAAAACUUGAAGAUUUUCAACGGCGAUGGAGAAGGGACUUCGAAAAGGAAAUCUCUGAACUCAAUAUAUUUGGGUUACGAGCUUACGAUGCUAUCUUCGCUCUCGCCAAGGCUGUGGAGAGAGUUGGAACCACAGAGUUCAUCUUCAAGAACUCAAACGCUGUUUCGGGCAAAUCUACAGAUCUCGACAAUCUCGGUGUCUCUCGGAAUGGUCCAAGGUUGUCGGAGGCAUUGUCUAAGACACAUUUCAAAGGGAUUGCAGGAGACUUCAGGAUGGUUGAAGGGCAGUUGAAAUCAUCAACUUACGAGAUUAUAAACAUCAAUCAUCAAAAGAACAUUACAACGGUUGGAUUCUGGACGCCGGAAAAUGGACUGACACAAACAUUAAACUCCACGAAAAUGAGCUCAAACACUUCAGCUGCUAAUCUUAGCCGUAUCAUAUGGCCAGGGGAUUCUUCCAGUUCCCCAAAAGGUUGGGUGUCCCCUAUAAAUGAAAAGAAGCUGAGAAUUGGAAUACCUGUUAAAUCUGGGGUCAGUAAGUUCAUUCGAGAGAUAAGGGACCCAUUGAGUUCAAACACUAAGAAAACAGGGUACAGCAUUGAUAUCUUCGAAGCUGUUGUCGAAACAUUACCAUACGCUCUUAAUUAUGAAUACAUUCGGUAUGCAAAUGAUGUCGGAGUAAUGGCCGGUAGCUAUGAUGACUUGAUCAAGCAAGUGCAGCGUGGGGUAUACGACGCAGUCGUGGGAGACAUAUCGAUUAGAGAAAGCCGAUCCUCGUAUGUCGACUUCACAUUGCCAUACUCGGAAGCUAGCGUGUCGAUGGUCGUACUAUAUCAAGAUAACAACAAAAAAGCUUGGCUGUUCUUGAAGCCUUUAACAUUGGAUCUUUGGUUGACAAGUGGUUUCUUUUUUGUGUUCAUUGGACUGGUUAUCUGGACUCUUGAGCAUCGAAUCAACGAAGAUUUUCGAGGUCCUCCUUCGCACGAAAUCGGGACGAGCUUCUGGUUUGCUUUCUCAACCAUGGUGUAUGCUCAAAGGGAGAAGGUGGAGAGCAACUUGGCUAGAUUUGUGGUAAUAGUAUGGCUGUUUGUGGUGCUCAUAUUAACUCAAAGCUACACCGCCAGUCUCACAUCGCUACUCACGGUUCAAAAGCUUGAGCCAACGUUUAAUGAUAUGAAACAACUGAAGGAGAAGAAGGUGAAUGUUGGAUACCCAAAUGGUUCUUUUGUUCUUGACUUGCUGAUAACUGAAGGCUUUGAUCGAUCCAAGCUUGUAAUUUAUAACAAUAUGGCCCAUUGUGGAUCACUGUUCUUAAAUGGAACCAUUGCUGCUGCCUUUGAUGAAGUCCCUUAUCUCAAGGAUCUUACUACAACAUAUUGCACCAACUGCACCAUCGUUGGUCCCAUGAUGAAAUCAAACGGCUUUGGCUAUGUCUUUCCCAAGGGGUCUCAACUCGGACGCGAUGUUUCGAACGGAAUACUUAAUAUAAUGGAGAAUGGAGUUCUGCAAGAGAUUGAAAACAAAUGGUUUAAAAGCAAUAUCAGCAGCCCUGACCCCAAUAGCUUGAUUUCCACCAGACUUGGGCUUGAAAGCUUUUGGGGGUUGUUUCUUCUUUCAGGAGCUGUAUCUUUAUCUGCAGUCAUCAUAGCUCUGGCCAGAUUUGUCCAUGAACGCAGACAUGACUUCAACCUUUCCACUGACUCAAUGUGGAAAAGGUUUCUUCUUCUCAUGAAAAAUUUCGACCAGAAAGACCACACUUCACCCGCGUUUAGAAGGAAUUCUCGAGACGAAAUCCGAGACGAAAACCGAGAUGAAAGCCGGGAAGCUCAUCCCAGCCCUACCAGUGAUUCAAACUACUGAAAUGGAGGACUUUCACCUUGUAACUUUGAUGAUUUCCAUGGUGGUCUGUGUGCAACUCCUCAACCAUCACAUAAUUUGGUCGAUAAAAUUCACUUUCUUUCUUGAAAUUAGUCGAAAUAUGUACAAGUUGUUUAAGAUACUCCCACGAACCAUCA